AUGAGCAACUUCGAAGACCUCUGCGACGAUCUACAUGAAAACAUCCAAGGCGUCAACCGCUACAACCCAGAGAAUGUUGGCCAGUUGGAGCGUUGCGUGAAGGCCAUGAUCUCGGAGAAUCGCUAUGAUCGUGACAUAUCGCUGACGCUUCUGAAGCUCUACCAGCUUAAUCCGGAUCGUUACGAAGAGACGUCGGUGAAGUCCAUCCUCCUGAAGACCUUGAUGGAGCUGCCGGCCCCGGAUUUUGCCUUGGCAAAAUCAUUGCUAGACGCCAACCGCAUCAACAGUGCUGAGAUAAAACGCGUAUUGGAUCUGGGCGCCGUCCUCGAAUCCUGCAACUUUGGUGUCUUCUGGAAGCUGAUGAAAGGAGAAUAUCGACCAACAACUGAACCUUCGGAACCAUUCCGUCAGCCCGCCGAAGUAGCGAAGCUCGUCAAGGCAAUCCCCGGAUUUGAUGAAGCUGUACGUGUCUUUGUCUGCAAAGCCGUUUCCGUUACGUACCAGAAUAUCGAGAAGAGCAUCCUGGCCCGUUUACUUGGCGGCGUGACGGAAGCCCAGCUAAAAGAAUACGCAACAACAUUUAACUGGAAGAUCCAUGAUGGUGUAAUUUCGAUCGCGAAUCACGAGGCCACCAUACGGUCCAGGAACAUUGACGAGAAACUGCAGUUCAGCGACGUCACGGAAAUCCUGAAGCAGAUUGUUGAUUAUUUUUUAUUGCAAAACAGCUCCCUUGGUACGGCUGCAAAGAGUUCUCGCGUCAAAGUAGUCCUUCCCAGGGCGGGUAUGGCAAGGAGACGUCAGGAUGCGCGAGCAGACGACGAACAACCCGCGGGCCUAGGAAUCGAGCCGAAGCGCUCCGAUCCGCCUCGAUUCUUUGAUAUCCCCCGAGAGGAUGCUUUCCCGUUACUUGGCCGAAACUUGCUAGUGAUGCGAGGGCAUCUGUUGUGGAUGCAAUGCUUUUUCAAAUGGUUCUGCUUUCCGACUGACGCUUUCAAAGGGGUUCCAUACCCGGAAGAAGAUUUCACCAUCUUGGACAAGACUCUACUGUGGUUUUUUGACGGCUUCAAGCGCUGGGAUGCUCUACAUUUUUUUGCAUAUUGC